AUGACACUUAACACUAGUAACCACAAAGAUGGCCCUUUCAGGCCGGUUAUCAACGCCGUAACUCUCAAGGCCAUAACGUUGAGAAAUAUAUAA